AUGGAGAUUGACAAGACCACGCCGACUGCUGGUGCGAUCAUCGAGAAGGAGGGAGGCAGCGCGUUGGACAUUGCCCUUCACCCACUAGUUCUGAUCAACAUUUCGGAUCACUACACGCGUGCCAAGUACUCCACCGAAGAGAAGAACCCUCGCGUGAUCGGUGCCCUCUUCGGCGUCCAGUCUGGGCGUAAUGUAGAGGUGACCAAUUCGUUCGAGUUGGUCUACAACGUCAUCGACGGCGCUGUCGUAAUCGACACCGAUUACCUCAAGGCCAAGCAAGAGCAAUUCGUUACCGUGUUCAAAAAUCAUGACCUGCUGGGCUGGUACUCCACCGGUGCUGAAUGCAAGCCUGCCGACAUCCAGAUUCACAACCAGUUCAUCCCCUUCAACGAGUCGCCCCUCUACCUCAUCCUGGACACGCUGGUCAGCAAGGUGACCAAGGGCCUGCCCGUACAGGUCUUCGAGUCGGAGCUGAGGAUCAUCAACGACGAGCCCACUCUGCUCUUCUCCAAGGUCCAGUACCGAAUUGAGACUGGUGAGGCCGAGCGUAUCGCCGUCGACCACGUCGCCCGCGUAAGCGCCAGCGGCACCGCCGAAGGCUCGCAGCUUACCACCCACCUCCUGGGCAUGCACAACGCCAUCAAGAUGCUGAACGGCAAGAUCAAGAACCUCACUUCCUAUCUCCACGCCGUUGAGAAGGGUGAGGUGCCUGUCGAUCAGAACCUCCUGCGCCAGGUGGCCACUCUUUGCAACCUUCUGCCGGCCAUCGACACUGCUGCCUUCAAGGCCGACUUUGUCGGGGAGUACAAUGAUGCCCUUCUGGUUACGUACUUGGCGUCGAUCACCAAGGGUACCUCCCUGACGAACGAGCUGGUGGAUCGUUACAACGUCGCCUACGAUCGCCAGGGACAGCGCAGGGGACGAGGCUUUGGUGGCUUCAUGUAA